GCCUAUAGACACACCCAAAACAUAAUGUCAGUAUUUUAUAAGCAGAAUUUUCUCUGCAGAGUUUUAAUUUAGAAUGGAGGAAAUACCAGUAAAAAUCGAGAUAAAACGAAGUACUUUUAAAAAAAUCUGCAGCCUCUUUCUACCAUUUAUUGUCAUUACUGCUACUGCUAGCAUCUUCACUCUUCCAGUCAUUUUUUACAGCAUCACCCAGCUUGAGACUGCUAAUGAUGACACUCCAUGGGCAAACACCACUGUGCCAUUUGAAGGUAAUAAUGCAACAAACUGCACUUACUCCUGGGCUGAAGUUUCAGGCAAUGCAUCAAAGCAUUAUCAUUGCACAGCUCAUUCUUACAGUGGAAUGAUAUGCAGAGACUUCCUCAGCUAUUGGAAAAAAUGUGUUGGAAUUGAUAGCGAAAAUAACAAAUGCAUUUAUUUCAAUGAAUCUAGAGGGACUCUAAUUGAACGAGAAAAACAACUAGAAAAAAUAAUUUAUUACUUAAGUUUAGAUAGCGACUGUCUAAAAGCUGCACUUCCAUUUCUGUGUCAGUAUAUGUUUCCAUUGCUAGAUUGUACAAGUGAUGUCAUAUAUACUCCAUCAAGGGAGGAUUGUAUUGAUAUCAAAACCAAAACAUGUUCCCAAUUAUGGAAGCUGGCAGUAGGCUAUGGUUUCGGUAGCGUAUUACCCAAAUGUCAAAAUUUAAACUUAGCAUCUGCUACUAUUUCUAGCGAAGCCAACAAUGAGUCUUCAACAAGCUCAACUUCCAGUGACUUAACAUGCAGGAAAGGUUUCUACAAAGCUGAUGUCAUAUGUCUACCUCGUUGUGACAAGUUCGAAGACUCAACGAGCAAGACAUCAGAAUUUAUUCUUAAAGCUGAAGUUGUUGCUUCAAUUUUUGCAAUGACAGUCAGUGCAGUUGUUCUGAUACUGUCAGCUUUUUCAUACAAAACAAUGUUUGUGUAUCCAUCCAUUUUGAUAAUAUUUAUGACCAUAGACUGUGGCAUAGUUGGUUUAUUGGGAUUCAUGAUUGCAUUAGACCGUAACAAGCUAAUGUGCAGCUCAAAAGAUCUACUGGAGAGUCUAAAGCAAUCCACACCUUUCUGUAUUUUGUCAGGAGCCAUUUUCCACUAUGUAAUUGUAAACAUGUCCUUUUGGUGGCUAUCUCAUGUUUGUAUUUUCUUCUAUCAAAUUGCAUUUCCAUUCCAUGCCAACAGAACAAAAAUGCUUCAUCGUAACAAGUACAUAUAUACAAUAGUCACAGCAGUAUGUUUGAUAUUGCCACUACCAGCUGUUAUUGCUUGUCUAAUUGUUGAUGAAUAUGGUUACAAAAUCAAUCGCUUUCCACCAACUUUUUGCACCAGUCUAAAUAAAGAGAUGUGGUUCUAUUCGUUCUUACUUGUUAUAGACGUAACAGUCUGCAUUGGGGCAUGCCUCCUAAUUGCUGUGUGUUGGAUUCUACACAAGAAAAAAGGUCUGACAAGAGGAACUAGCACAGCAGAAAAGAAACUAAUUCUUGUAUUUUUUGCAGUCAUAGUAUUCAGCAUCUCCUCCCUUAUCCACACUAGCAUUUAUGUAGCCAAAGCAGACAAUAAAGCAGAAGCAAUGAAUGAGUUCUUUAAGUGUGAAGCUCUUGGUUAUGUUCCAGGGAACUGUGAUGAAGGGAAGCAUGAAAGAAUCAUUUAUCCCUACAUUAAUGUGAUUGUCUACACUUCUGUUAAUCUGGUACCGUUGGUCACUCUUAUUUAUGUUGUGAAGUGGGCUUGGAUCAAGAAAGUGUACAAGUAUUUGUAUGAUAAAAUAUUCCCUAAAUCAAAGCGCAGACUGCAGUAUGGAUCAUCAGUUAAAAACAUGAUAACGCCUUCUUUGAAAAGUGUUCUAUCUGUGCUAUAAUUUGUGCUAUACAAUAUCAGACUAAUUUGUCUCAUUUUACUUAGCUGUUUACAGCUCAAUUUUAUUUGCUGAAUGUAAAACAUGUAAUAAUUAUAGCAUAUUAUUUUCAUCUGUAAUCUGAAAUAUUUUUU